GUUCCGUCACUCUUGACAGAGCUCUUAUCAAACCAUUGUUCCGCAAAAUAAUUCCCCCAGGAACUCGUUUCUACACCAUCCAACUCAACUCUAUACGCGCAACGUAUUAUUCGAGCGGUCAUAUCAGAGGGUUGCAAGCUUAUUUCUCCCGCGCCUUGCUAGCUUUCAGACGCAUCACCACUUAAGAUGCGCAACUCGUUGCAUUCGAAUGCUCCCUCCAGCAAACGGAACUGGAGCGAAAGCAGCGACAUCAGCUCCCCGAGCACCACACGACAACCAAGAUACUCAUACUCGUCAGUUAUCACACCAUCAGCGGUGGCGUCUUCUUCGACGUCCGCUACCCCUCCGAUACAAGCAUCCUCUGCGGCAUUCUUUCACACGCCGGCUAUAGCAUCUCAGGCUAUGCAACUACAGCCAAAUCUGUCCCCCACACUCGAACGCCAGCGAUCGCAAGCUUUGAUAUCCCACAACAAUUUCAGUAAAAUGCCCAUCUCUUCCUUGCCCCAUAUAGAAAGCUCGGAUACCGUCCUUGAUGCAUGCAUGUUUGAACCGUUCUACCAUAAUCCAGCCAAAGACCACAUCUCAAACGAUCCUAUCUACCAUCCUGCAUACAUUAAAGCAGUAGAGCAUGUAAAGAUGAUGAUUGCGAUAUUAAGGAGUUUAAUAUCACCGGACAAACUGAGGGACCCUGUGUGGUUUGAGAUUGCCCAAGAUUUGGAGAAAGACCUCCACCCAUACCGCUCCGCGGAUGUGCGAGUUGCCGUCGCUGGAAUGCUUGGCGAAGGCAAGUCCAUGCUUGUCGGGGCCCUACUCGGAAACGCAGGCGUGACCAAGUCGAGCGAAAGUGGUCAAAGCUGUACGAAAAUCCCCACGGAGUAUUACUACCUCAAAAAGACGGAAAAUGUGAACUAUGCAGCGGAUUUCAUUCUCUUUGGCUGGAAGAAGAAUGAAAGUAGAGUCAUACGCAGUUUUGAGUUUAUGGCCAACUAUCUCAGCAGUGAAGACAGCCAAAGUCCUGAGGACUGUGAAGAUGAGAAGUUCGAGAAAUCAAGAGCAUUACUUGGAGCUCUCUUCCCCGACAGCAAAAAGUUCAAUUAUAAAAAAACGCCAGAAACAGAAAAUCAAGAUAAGGCGGAGUUGAAAGAGUAUCUUUCACAAGAAGACACUCUUAAAAAUCUUCUUGAAGACACCAAGUGGUUUUACGACGAAGCCUCCAGUCAACUUAGCAAGGAACACUUUGCGACUAAAGAGCAGCUUUGGGGCCGACUCUGCCUGUUUACCCGCAACGUAUACAGCGCUGGGAGUAGUCCUAAUUUGUGGCCUUUUGUCAAACUGAUCAGGAUUGGUGGCGAUUUUCCGGCUCUUCAACAUGGUGUGAGAAUUGCAGACCUGCCAGGUCUGAAUGACAUCGACUACAUAAAUCAAGAAGCGACACAUACAUACUUGUCGCAAUCCUCAGCCACGAUCGUAGUCCAACGUAUCAGUCGUGCAAUUGAUGGCAUCGACGGACGAAGGGCUUUUGUGGAAAUCAUGAAAAGCUCCCCCAACGCCCAUAGCAUGGCAAUGGUUCUGACACAUUCCGAAGAUGUCGAACCUAGAUCACUCGAGGCUCAUGGACUCCAAGACGAAACCUUCAGAAAAGCAGAAAGACGCGAAUUUGAAGAACUGGACUGUUAUAUUUCCGAAAUUGAUUGCGAGCGAUCGUGGUGUCGCGAUCCUCAGAUGAUGGCAAGGAACUCGUUGAAGUUACGCUUAAUUCAGCGGAGGUAAGAAACGGGAGCUGUGGAGUUCAGAAAGGAACCGAAGAGUUGCGAGAGCCCUCCCCGCGGAUAAAAUUCAGAAAGUAUUUCCUGUGUCGGCGAAAGAUUACAAACGAAACAUUGACGGAUACACCCUCGACGGUCAGCUACCCCUCAGCCCGAAAGAUUCUGGUAUUCCUGAUGUGUUGCAAUGGGUAGCAACACGUGCUUCUAGCCGCCGUCAAGAAGACAUAAAGAAUUUCAUCAAAAUAAUCAUACCAU